AUGGAGAAUCUGCAGAACUCUUGCUGUCAAGGGCCUCACGCUCUGAUGGAGGAGAUCGUGGCAAAAGAAAAUAACACGAGCCAUGUUGCAAGUGUACGUCGUGUAAAGUCUCUACACAAUGGUUCAGAUCUGGAAAAAGCCAUCGCCACUGCCGCUAUGAUUUUCAGAAACUUUUCUGACCCUGAUGGCAAACUUGGGAAAGCUACUGCCAAAAAUCUACUGCAAACCCAAUAUAGGAAUUUCACAGAGGUAAGAGAACUAAUAGCAAGAUGGUGGGUCAGGCCCCAAGAAGUCUGGACCUCCUCCAGCUCCGUGGUCUUAAAUUUCUUCUUUAUUCUUACGGGACAAGAAACCAAACCAAGAUACAGAGACUUCCUUUCUGAACUCGACAAACAUACAGAAAAUAAGCUGGAUUUUGAGGAUUUCAUGAUCUUACUGUUAAGCAUCACGGUAAUGUCAGAUUUGCUACAAAAUAUAUGGAGUGUAAAAAUUAUGCAAUAGGGCUUCCCUGGUGGCGCAGUGGUUGAGAGUCCGCCUGCCGAUGCAGGGGACACGGGUUCGUGCCCCGGUCCGGGAAGAUCCCACAUGCCGCGGAGCGGCUGGGCCCAUGAGCCAUGGCCGCUGGGCCUGCGCGUCCGGAGCCUGUGCUCUGCAACGGGAGAGGCCACAACAGUGAGAGGCCCGCAUACCGCAAAAAAAAAAAAAAAUUAUGCAAUAAACAGCUUUAAAUAUAUAGUUAGACAAAUUAAUGGCAAAAGACAGUAUUAAAUUAUUGAAAUUUUUUUCAUUUUAUUUUUAAUUAAUUGAAGGUACUGAUCAUGCACCUGGGGUAGCCUAGGAUGGUUCUGAUUGCUAAUGUUCAGACCCAGUGUAACUAAAAAGUCUAUGCUUACUCUUCAAAAAUGUUUAAAUAAUAUAGUCUCUGGUGCUUUACAAUAUGAUAGAUUUGAUACCGCUGAAUAUUGCAUUGCUUUUGCUGCAUCAGUAGUGUCUUAGAGCACUUUCCUUAUAAUCAUUGAGUCCCUCAUUCAUUCACUCUUUAAACAAUGUGUGUUGAACCUCUACUUGAUGGUAUUGCUGAGGAUACAGUAAUUAACCAGCCAAUCUCUGCCUUCAGACAUGCCUGCAGAAGUCCAGCAGUAGAGAUAGGCUAUGAACAAUUCAUCAAUCAAUUGCAUAUACAGUAUAAUUAUAAUUGUGAUAAGGGCUACAGGAUGCUAAAAGAGCUGUUAUCACCAGACCUGGGAUCAAAGUCAGAUAAGCUCUACUGACAUUCUGCAAAAGGCAAAACUAUGGGGGGCGGGGUAGAGCGGUGCUUGCCACGGCUGCAGUUGGGAGAUGGAGUUGUCCACAAAUAGGCACAAAGGAACUUUUAGGGAGGAUGGGAAUGUUCUAUAGCUUGAUUGUGGUGAUGGUUACAUGACUGCACACAUUUGUCAAACUCUUAGAACUGCACACUAAAAAGGGUGAAUUUUACUGUAUGUGAAUUCUACCUAAGUAAAUAUGACUUAAAUCCCCCAAAUCCCAAUAUUUUUGUAAUUUCUGGCCAUGAUUUAACCAACGACUCCUUGAGAAUAUGAUCUAAAGGUGGGCAUGUCUUAAAGACACACAGCCCCUAUGGCUAUACCUAUGUUCCUGAGUUUAAAUUAUACACACACACCCAUCAAUGCCUGAAUGUUUGAGAUAGACUUGCACAAAGACUUUUACUCAUUAUAAUAUUAUUGUAGCUUCCUGAGUUCCCUCCCUCAUCUCCUCUUUUCUUCCCAGCCCAACACGUUAAGGAUCCCUUUCCAAAGGGAGACCUCUGACCCUGGUCUGGAGAAGCGUUAUCUCAUCUUGCAGUGUUCCAAAUCCACCAAGACCCGACUCCUUAGUCCUCCCUACUUUCCAAACCUUAGGCAUUCUAAGUCCAAGAGUUUAUGUACCAUGUCAGGGAAAGCCCCAGACUUUACUCUGUCACCAUCUUAAUAGGUGGAAUGUGUGUUCAACAAGACUCAACCCAUGUGCCAGGUACUGUUUUAGGGGCUUUACAAAUAUUAACUCCCAUCAUGACCCUCUGAGGUAGGUGUUAGUAUUAUCAUCUCACAGAUGAGGAAACCAAAACACAGAGGUUUUGAUUUUCCCAAAGUCACACAGCUGGCAGGUUGGAGAGUUCUCUGCCCUCUCUGUGGGCAUUGUUGAUUUUGUUUUAAUAUUAGACUUCUUCAUGAGCAAUAAUAUAAUUUAACAAAAAUAACUGUGCACAUUUCAGGCACUGUGUGAGAGAGAGCGUGGUACCAGCUGGGUCCUGGAGAACCAUUUGGCAUUCCUCAAAUAGAAUCUGUGGGCUGUGCUCCCUCCAAGCCCUUUGUAUUUUAGUCACAAGUAGCUGAAUAUGGCAACCUUGGUGACCAAUCGAAAGGUCAGAUUCACACCUUUCAGAAAAGGAAAAAAGAGACCCUGGCCAAUGGUGCGAGGAGGAAUCUUGGAGCCAUUCCAACCCUUGGGGCUCCCAAAGGAUUUAUGAUUCUCCAUCCCAGAUGGGAAAUCACACUCCUCUGAGGGGGAAAUCAAUUAUAGAAUCUAUUUUAGCCUGAUGCAAAGAAUGAAAACAGAGCAAAAGCUCUCGGAGCAUCAGUGACAGAUAAAUUGAUGAGCACUGUGCUAAGACCCUAGAUCACAGGAGCCUCACCUCUUGGUUCUGGUCCCAGGACCAUGAGCUCUACUCUUCAAACAAAGGUUCCAUCUUGAAAAUAUUACUGGUCAUCACAGGUGUUGAUGGAUGCAAAUCUGUCCUGGUAUCCCUUGGUCGCAAAGAACAGAGCGCGCUGGAAUCACACACACACAUACACAUAUACACACACACACGAAGGAAAAAGGCACAGGUUAUAUUUAUCAACAAAGUACAGCAGCAUAUAACAAAAUGAAAGGGCAGAGAAUGCAACUAAUGUCCAUGAAACACUGGAAACAGCGAUAGAAAGCAAAAUCAAGAUUUUGCUCUUAGUGUCUCUUAAUGGAUUGGUUUCUUGGCUCUGCUUCUGUCUGCAUGUGGCCCCUCCCUCACUUCCAUCUCUACCUCUCUCUUUAUCUGUACCUCUUGACUAGUUGUUUUUUUGGUGGUUUUUGGUUUUCUGUGUUAUUUUUUUCUGAUUCUAGGCCCCAAAGCCAAACACAUUGUCCCCAUUGCUGGCUUCACUUCUCUCUUUAAACACUCAACCAACACUCACUAGCAUCUCAGAAGCCCAGUUCCAAUCCCCCAGAGCAAGAACCCGAUUGGCUGGAUUCAAGUAGGGAUCAUUCCAGAUCUAGCUGUCUGUGUUCAGGGAUGCAAGUCGUGUGCCCCCUCAGCAGGGCCUGUGGGAACUGACUCUGCAAAGUAUAUGGACAGGUUCUCAAAGAAGGAAGGGAGGAGCCAGGGAGGAAAUGACUGACAGAAAAUUAUAAGAAUCUCUAAUACAAAAUCCAUAACUUGGAUAAGAAGGGCAGUGUUAUUUGCUUCUCAGGCAUGGGCUCAGCAAACAUAGGAAUUGAUGGAAUAAUCUCCUUUGGUUACUCCAGGUAAAAUCUUUCUUGUAUCACUGUAUAAAAGGAGCAAACCUGAGCCUCCCUGGGAAGGUUUCCUGUGAUUAAAUGUAGUUAAGAUCUUCCUAUACAAGAGCUGUGAGCACCCUUGCAAUUUGGUGAGCAUGACAGAAACAUACCCAGUCCUGGAACCCCUAAUUUUCUUUAUUUUAGCCUCUAAAAAUGGGUCCAAGUAUGAGAUCAGGAAUUGUGCUUUAAAUAGUCCUUUGUGAGAAAGGGGUAAGUGCUGGAAGGAAACCAACAGGAGUCCUGCACGUCAGCUGACCUUUGGCACUGGUAAAGCUAACGAGAGUUCUCAGCGGAAUUCAAUUUAGAGAAUGCAAUUUAGAGAGGUCGCGUGACUUACCAGGGUCACAGAGCAAUAAGUGGAAGAUAAAACCCGGGUUCCAACCCACGUCUAUCUCGUGCCACAGUCUGGCUCCUUUCUGUGAGGACACGUGUGGAUAUAAAACUCCCCAAAGGAGAGCAUCCCCAUGAUUUACAGCUUAUACCUGAUUAUAAUUAGCUGUUCUCCAAAACGAGGAGGAAGAGAGAAAGAGGAAGAGCAAGCAGCAGCAUCUCACGCGUCCAGAACCCAAAGGGAAUCAAGAAGCAUUAAGGGGAAAAGCAGUAACAGUAUAACUUGGUUUUCCUUGCCUUUCUAUGUCAUUUAGGAAAGCAAUUCUUCCUUUGGGGAAAGGCCAUGGAAUUUUAAAAUCUGUGUGGUCUGUAGCCCAUGGUUUUGCUUGAAGAAAGUAUAAGUGGCAGGAGGGAGGCCAUGGAAGAAGGGAAGGAAGGGCAGAAGGGCCCUUGGGAGAGGAAGAGAUUCCCGACAUGCACCUGCUAGGCGGGGCGUUGCGGAUGCUGACGUGGAGGGCAGAACCUGGACUUUUCUUCCCGGCUUUGCGCCUGAUCCCCUGCUUCCAGGUCUCAGAUUCUUCCUCACUUCGUGAAAGGGUGCCCUGUGACCGGAUGUUCCCCAAAUCCCUUCCCAUUCUGAAAUAAUCUUUUGUAUUAACCAGGACUUUUUUUUUUUUUAAGAAAAUUAUAGCAAGUGCCAGUGACCAUAUGGACAAAUUUUAAUCACUUAAAAAGCUGUCUCUGGGGCUUCCCUGGUGGCGCAGUGGUUGAGAGUCCGCCUGCCGAUGCAGGGGAAGCGGGUUCGCGCCCCGGUCCGGGAGGAUCCCAAAUGCCGUGGAGCGGCUGGGCCCGUGAGCCAUGGCCGCUGAGCCUGCGCGUCUGGAGCCUGUGCUCCGCAACAGGAGAGGCCACAACAGUGAGAGGCCCGCGUACGGCAAAAAAAAAAAAAAAAAAAAAAAGCUGUCUCUUCUACUUCUCUUUCCCAUCUUUGACCUUGGCAGUCUGUGGUAUAAGCCCAAUACACAGAGGGCUAAACGUCCGUACGCAAGAGAUGUCCCAGAGAAAAAAGACAUAGAUUAAAAAAAAAAAAAAGCUGAUGAUUUCUCAAUGCUUUGUAGAUUAAAAACAUGUAACUAUGCUUUAUAUAAGUUUUGAAAGUGCCACAUAAGUCACACAAUUCAUGUGGCCAUUUACUGCCUUGUAAGUAACAUCUUUAAAAGUAAGUGCGCUGCCAGGCUUGUACAGUAUCCUCAACACCUAGAACAGCACCUAGAGUAUAGGGGGUGCUUGAUGAGUGUGAAACAAAAAAAAUUAAUGAAUGAGUCCUUCUCAAACAGAAGAGGUGGAAAACGGGAACAUGAAGUUAUUUGCUUGGACACAGCUUAAUGUCUUGCUGAAAAAAAAGAAAACAUGGUGUGCUUUAACGGUAGAUGAGCACACUGGGUCUGAUGACAAAGGCUGUGCUAGCUUUAAAAAUCGGUAAGAAUGAAGAUUUAUACUCAGUUUAAGAUUGCUUUCGCUUUAGCUUAGCUCAGAACCAGCAAAUCAGCCGUGCAAAGUGUAUUGUCAAGAUCAAAGACACAGAGAGUGAAACAUCCCCAUUGUCUAGGGGCCAAUAAAGCCCACACAGAGUGGACAAUCCCUCAAGACAGUGGAGCUCGGAGCCCAGAACCGCUCUCCAGCUGUGAUUAUCUGGGGGCAGAGCCUCAAGUGCACUUCCAGCUCCUUCUGUGUCUUAUCUGUUAUGGGACCUCAGCCAGGUCCAAAGGCACAUUUUUAUUUAUAAUAUGAAGCUUUUUCAAAAUGCAAUGAUUUGUCUUUAUAUUCCAAGAAAUUUUACUGCCCUCAUCUGCUUCUCAUUAUAGUUUCUUGUCCUUUUUUACCUUAAGAGUACACUUUGACCUCAAGCAGAUUUGCAGCCCACAGUGGGACAGGUUAAUCCUGGGAAAGCUUUGGCCCCUUCACCAGGGAGAGAGAUGGAGGCCUCAGGAUCAGGACCGGGUUGAUCUGGUCGCAAGGCAGCCACGUCGCUAGUGGCCUGUGAAAGCUGGGAACUGGCUGCUUUCUCUAAAUCUCUCUCUUUGAAGGAAAGAAGCUGGAGGUAUCGGGAGCCUCUGAAGGGCUUCAUGAAAAUCAAUGAUGAAAUUAAAAGUGGGAAAAGGAGAACUUCGAUUUCUCUGACACUUUGGUCUUCAAGGAAAGAGCUUCGAUUCCCCCUGCAAGGCAUGUGUGGAAUGGUGAAGACAUCAAAUGGCAGAGAAACGGGGCUUAUGAGUCAUGAGCUGUCCACGCUGGAUUCCCUCCACCCACCCGCUCCCUGAAAUCAGAAAGGGAAGAGAGGUGAAGAAUGGAAAUUACUUCUAAUCUCUGGGUGACCAUGUGGGAAUGAACUGCGGUUUCUUGACCAGGAGACCCCUUUGAAAUUAAGCUCGAGGCAGGUGAUCGGGCUCAGAGGAAUGGGAGGCUUUUGUCAGCACCCAGAGGCCACACACAAAGCCAACUUGCUUAUGAUGUCAGUUCUGAUCUUCAUUUCAACUGUCCUGAGCUGCUUGGGGGCUGAUGCAAAACCUCAGGAAGAGGAGGUCAUCACUCUUCCUGAGAAAGAUGACCUGAGAAAUCAUGUCAGUUGUGCCUGGAGCAUCUCAGCCUGAGAACUAAGACUCUUACUCGUGUCUGUAUCCUUACGAGGAUGGGUUGAUUGUACUCGUUGGCAAGUACACAGCACACAUUCACAAUCAGCAUCUAUGCCCAUUGCUCUGGGCUGAUGUCAUACGAGUCAUAGAUUUUGAAUGUCACUAUGUAGCGGAUGACGCUGAUGCCCAGCACGUAUCUUCUCAGCACAUCUGAGCCCCCCUGUCACCUCAGGAGACUAUCUCCAGCUCGCUGACAACUUCCUACCUCAGGUACACACGUCUUUCUUCUCUGGAGCCCUGGGAGCUUGCUCUAUAGCCGGCAGGGGACAUAUGGGCAUGUGGAGAGUUAAAACCCCCAGAGGCAACUCUCAGCCAAUGAGGAGGAAAAUCAAUGACUAAAUCCUCAAAGCCUCCCCACCCUUUGAUUAUGAGUCAAGUCCUUCACAGCUUCUCAGAAGGUCCCCAGGGAGACUGAGACCCAGUUGCCUCCAGUGGUAAAUUACCCGUUAAUAUACUUUUAUUAUUUUUCCUCCUUUCCUUAAUUCACUUUCCCAGUUUCCUUACUUUUGCUUCCUAGGCUCGCCUUCCUAUAAACUUCCUGCACCUAAUUUCCUGUCUCACGGUCUGCUUUGCGGGGGGGGCUGGGGGGGUGGAAUCCAAACUGAGAGAACCCCUCCCCUGACCCCUAUACUGAGAACAGUUUUUCUUUUUCUUUUUUAAAUUCUUAUUGGAGUAUAGUUGCUUUACAAUGUUGUGUUAGUUUCCACUGUACAGCAAAGUGAAUCAGCUAUACAUAAACAUAUAUCCCCUCCUUUUUGGAUUUCCUUCCCAUCUAGGCCACCACAGAACAUUGAGUAGAGUUCCUUGUGCUAUACAGUAGGUUCUCAUUAGUUACCUAUUUUAUACAUAAUAUCAAUAGUGUAUAUAUGACGUGGAUGAACCUAGAGACUGUCAUGCAGAGUGAAGUCAGAAAGAGAAAAACAAAUAUUGUAUAUUAACGCAUAUAUGUGGAAUCUGAUAAAAUUGGUAUAGACAGUCUUAUUUACAAAGCAGAAACAGAAACACAGAUGUAGAGAACAAACUUAUGGAUACCAAGGGGGAAAGGGGGUGGUGGUGGGAUGAAUUGGGAGACUGAGAACAGUUUUUCAUACAUCGUAAGUAAUCAAAAAGUACACGUGGAUGUCUUGGGAAAUCUUGCUAAUGAUAAUUCCAGCUAUUCCUUAGAAUCCUUUGGGAGAUGAUUCACAGUUGGAGAUCAUGAAACAGAGAAGAUGAAAUACUCCCUUUCUUUGAAGAAGAGGGACAGCAUAUAUAUGAAGGCAGGAACAUGUGUGGUAAUUGCAGGGAAAGGUUAUAGUUCUGUGUGCCUGGGACUUGGGUAGGUGGUAGAUGAAUGGUGGGGAAGGAGACAGGAAAUAGGUUUCUAUCAAUUCUCUCUCUUAUUGACUCAUUUUAUUCCAGGUACCGCAGUAAAGGAGAUCUCCAUAUAGAAUUGAGCUCAACUCUAACUUAAACAGGCAAAGAAGACUUUGAUCAAAACUAUUCAAAUAGGGGAGAGAAAUUGAACUCAACUCUGAAUAUAAAAGGGAGAAGCGGGGGUUUAGAGGCAAUGGUCAGAGUGAGGGAGUAGGUGAAAAAUUAGUAAGAAGAAAUUGAUUAGAUAUCAAGAGUGGGAGGAUUCUCACUAAACUUGCUAAUCCUGGGCUUGGCGGCCACAGGAAAGACCUGGUCAAGAGCUGGGCUCAAAGGCACCAGGUUAAAGUUUGACCAAGAAGCUGGUCAAACCCUACCAGUGUGCUACCUCUGCUCCGACACAAAGAGUACGUGAAGCAUUAAACCGUCCAUCCACACUGUCAACAGAUUCUUAUGAAGUACUUCUGCUGGGCUCCGGGAUACAGUGGGGUAGGAAGACAGACAUGGCCCUUAUUCUUAUGAAGCUACAUGGUUUGGAGGGAAGGUAGACACAAACUGGGAAUUGCGUGGCUCGGUAAACACCGUGAUACGGGAAGUUCAGGAAUAUCCAGCAGGAACACCUAGUCCUGGUUAAGUUUUUUUUUUUUUGGAUGACUUCCAGGAUGACAUGACAUUGUAUUUAAAGCCUUAAAGGUGAGUAGGUGUUGGCAAGGCAAUGAGGAAAGAGAAUAACAUCAUUAAGAAUAUGGUGGGUUCAAGAAAUUGAAAAAAAGCUUGAGAUGGGUGACAUAUAUACACUAAUAUGUAUAAAAUAGAAAACUAAUAAAAAAAUAAAUAAAUUUUUUAAAAAAAGAAAGAAGACUUUCCUAUUCAUAGUGGAAACAAAAGUAUUGUGAGCUACAUUCUUUUUAAUGUACACUGUAUGUUUACUACAUUAAAAAAGUCUAUGAAGAUUAUAAAUAUGAAAAUGGAAUUAUACUUUAUUUUUAUAAGUAAAUAUUUCCUUAAAUUGGCCACACAUAGUUGUACACAGAACCUAGAUGUCAACUCAGCUGAAUAUUUUAUAAUAUUCAUUCAUUUACUCAUUCUUUCAAAAUAUAUUAUUGAAUAUCUAUUAUGUGCCAGGCAUUAUUAUAGGUAUUGAAGAUAAACAAA